GAUGGACAGUAUCACAACAUCAUGUUAACAAGGUUAAAUCCAGAGUUGAGUACUAAUCAAAGAUUUUUAAAGGUGUCAAUAACCUUGCUUCUUGUGUGUGCAUAACAAAGGUGCAGCCAUGGACAUUGGAGGUUUGGAGACAGUGGUGGCAAACUCAGCCUACGUUUCAGCCCGUGGCAGCGUGGAUGGAGCUGCAGCAGCUGCUAUGCGUGACAAAAAGAUGCGUGCCAGGCUGAAACUCCCAAACAUCAGAGAGUGUGAACACAUGAAGACAACCGUAGACUCAGACUUUGACAGCAUGUGUGUUAGACAGCCCAUUGGUAAGCGCCUCUUCCAACAGUUUCUGGAUAGUGAUGCAACCAAUAAAAAUGCAGGAGAGCUGUGGAGAGACAUCGAAGAGUACACGACAUGCCAAGAGAAGGACAGAGUGCAGAAGGCCCAAAAAAUGGUCAAUAAAUACUAUGAGUCUGCUUCAAAAACUUUUUGCAGCUUCCUGGAGGAGAAAGCCAUCACCCGAGUUAAGGAAGACUACAAGAACGUCCGCGGUGACCUCUUUAAGGAGAGCGAGCAGCAGCUGAUCAAACAUCUUGAGAAGAAGGCCUUAGAUGGCUUCAAGAACAGCAUGUACUUCCUGCGUUUUGUUCAGUUCAAAUGGCUGGAGAGCCAGCCUGUUGAUGAAGAGUGGUUCAUGGACUUCAGAGUCCUGGGUAAAGGAGGUUUUGGGGAAGUGUUUGCUUGUCAGGCUAAGGCAACAGGCAAAAUGUAUGCCAACAAGAAGCUGGAGAAAAAGAGGCUGAAGAAACGCAAAGGCUAUGAGGGAGCAAUCGUGGAGAAGCGUAUCCUUGCAAAAGUUCACAGUCACUUCAUUGUCUCGCUGGCUUACGCCUUCCAGACUAAGACUGACCUCUGCCUUGUAAUGACCAUCAUGAAUGGUGGAGACCUCAGAUUUCAUAUGUAUAAUGUGGAUGAAAAAAAUCCAGGCUUUGACGAGAAGAGAGCAUGUUUCUAUACAGCUCAGAUAAUCUGUGGGCUGGAGCAUCUACACCAGCACAGGAUCAUCUACAGAGACCUGAAACCAGAGAACGUGCUGCUGGAUGAUGCAGGACACGUUCGUCUGUCUGAUUUGGGGCUGGCUGUUGAACUCCCACCAGGAAAAGAUAAAACAAGUGGAUAUGCUGGAACCCCAGGUUUCAUGGCUCCAGAGCUGAUCCAGAAGAAAGAAUAUGACUACACAGUGGACUACUUCACGCUGGGAGUGACACUGUUCGAGAUGAUUGCUGCCAGAGGGCCCUUUAGAGUGCGAGGAGAGAAGGUUGAGAAUGAGGAAGUUGUUCGCAGAAUCUUGAAUGACGCAGUUCCAUAUACACCAAGUUUCAGCAAAGACUGCAAGGCUAUAUGUGACGGCCUGUUGGACAAGGACCCAAUAAAACGCCUUGGGUUUAAAAACAACAGCUGUGAUGAGCUCAAGAACCAGCCCUUCUUCACUGAAAUUAACUGGGGUCGACUGGAAGCAGGUAUGCUACCUCCACCGUUUGUCCCUGAUCCUAAGAUGGUUUACGCCAAAAAUAUUGAUGAUGUGGGCGCCUUUAGCACAAUCAAAGGCCUGGUCCUGGAUAACAAAGACACAGAAUUCUACAAUGACUUUGCUUCCGGCAACGUCCCAAUCCCCUGGCAGGAGGAAAUGAUUGAGACAGGUGUGUUCGGAGAGAUGAAUAUUUGGGGAGAAAACGGCAAGCUACCCAGUGACCUUGACCCAAACUAUGUGGAAGCCAAAGGUGGAGGAUGUGUGCUCCUUUGAGUAGCAGCAGAUGGAGAGAAGGGACGGUGAUUUGUUGAAACACAUUUAGAAUUGGUGUGUGCUCAUUUGCUGCCACUUACUCCUAUCAAUAUUAUCUGUAAUUUGUACAAUAAUCUGUAUUGUUGCAAUGAAUCAAUGUUGUAUAUCUACU